AUGGACUACUUCUCAAAAUGGGCCAAAGCUAUUCCGGUCAAGGAAGUCAAGAAGGAAACCGUUGUUGAUUUCAUCAAGUCAAAUAUCAUCUUUCGAUAUGGAGUGCCACGUCACAUCAUCACUGACAAUGGAACACUCUUCGUCAAUAAGCUAAUGGAUAAGCUUUGCAACAAGUUUGACUUCAUGCAAAGAACCUCCUCAAUGUAUAAUGCACCGGCUACUGGGCUCGCAGAAGCAUUUAACAAAACAUUGAGCAACCUCUUGAAGAAAGUGGUCACAAAGUCUAGGCGAGAUUGGCAUGAAAGGAUUGAAAAAGCUCUUUGGGCAUACCGAACAACGUAUAGGACCCCUACUCAAGCGACCCCAUACUCUCUUGUGUACGGUGUUGAAGCUAUUCUUCCACUAGAGCGACAAAUUCCAUCACUAAGGAUAGCCCUCCAAGAAGGCUUGACUGAUGAAGAAAAUGCAAAACUCCGCCUUGCCGAGUUAGAAGCACUAGACGAGAAGAGAUUGGAAGCGCAACAACAAUUGGAAUGCUAG